GUUAAAGCCACCCCCGGCGCUUGAUGGUUGAUCAACGCCGACUCCCCUUCGGCACCAUCCCAACUUUAAACCGUUCAUUUCCACUCAUGCAACUCCUGCAUCUGCAUCAAUCUGGUUCUCUUAUUACUGUUCAUUCUUGAAUUCAUUAUUCAUUCGUUCUAUGUCCUAUCUUCGUCUUUCGUUGUAAACACUGUCUUGUUAGAUCUUGGAUUCUUCUUCGCCCUCCGUUUGCUGCCAUACUUGCACCCAUCUAUAUCUUGGGCGUCCCGCCUCGCAUCCAGUCAGCAAGCAUUCCGCGUAUCCCGACUGGAUGCUGACAUCGUUCAUCUUGUCAAAAAUGCCAUCACCAUGUGCAUUUCCGUCUAAUGGCGAGGCUUGCGAAUAAGGGCUACGCCUUCUCUUUGGCGUAACUGCAACGACAAGCAAGUUCUGCUGCGCUGUGCGCAGAGUGAUAUCGCCAUGUCCGCUCAGGUUGACGGACAAGUUUUGCCUACACCUUUUAUUCACGUCCUCGGUCCGCUUCCAUCCAGAACCUCCCUCAUCUCUUCGGAAACGCUCGAAGAACCACUCUCUACUGCACCCCCUCGGUCCGCAAGCUACACAUAUCUCUCGGCAUUGGAAACAGAGCCUGCCAUCACCUCCAUCAAACGAACGUUCUCGGAAAAUGUCCUCGCACUCCCGCCGGAGCCUAAGAAUAAGAUGAGUGACGGCGUUCAGUCUACGGGCAUGGUGCUGUUCCGCAAGGCGUCAAAAAAGGCAAAGAAGAGAAUGUCGAGUGCCAUCUUCUCCUUUUCACAAGACGAGGAUGAAUCUCAGGCAAAUGAGAGCAGGGGCGCGGAAUCUGGCAGAGGAGACCAAACGAGAAGCCUCAGUCGCUCUGUCACCGGAACAAUACGUACGCUUGCUCGAAAAUCAUGGGCUGGUUCGAGGUCUUCCUCUCCCACUGGCAAGGACGGAGUUAUGCCAGGAAGGAAGCGUAGCUGGUCACCACGGAAGGGGAGGUCUGCUUCGCCGUCGCCCAUCCGAGAAGACGAUGAUGUACGGGUUAAAGAGGCAGAGUCCCAAAUUGGCGCCGAUCAGCCCCCAGUCUCCCGAAGACCCGCGCUCAACGUUUUGCAGAACAUGAGAAGAAGCGAGACCAGCCUCAAGCGUAUUUCGAGAACUCCUUCCUCCACUUCGCUAAGUUCCAAUGAACGAUCACGAUCGAGAAUCUCCCUUACCAAGAUACCGCCCAUGCCAAGUCCACGUUCAUCGGACCGGUUGUUCACUCUUCAAAGUGACCUCCUCAAGAGAAAAGACCCUUUGUGGGCCGCCUUUCGCUCGAUCGACGGUGACUUUACGGACUUCCAGACGCGGCCAAGCAUACAAAAGUCCAAGGUCCUCCGCACGAUAUUAGUCCCAUUUCUUCAGAAGUAUGCUGGGCACCCAUCUAACAAGGGUUUGCGAGCCGAGGACCUCGACCGUAGGACUGUCGUGUUGAACAAAUGGUGGACUGGUCUGCUUGAAAUGCUUCACGGAACGCACAAUCAAUCCAUAUCCCCGGCGGAAAGACCUGUGUUCCUCGAGGCAGCAAGCAUGAUCAUGUCAAGGCCGGAGUGGAAGAUGCCCGGCUCGUUCACCGACAGCCGGCAGCGUAAUUCAAUCCCACGAUCCAAGUCUACAAACUCGCUGGAAUCGGAAGAAGCCGACUUUCUAGUCGACACCAUCCACCAAAAUGUCCGCAAUAUGUUCAUCCAAAACUUGCUCUCCCAGCUGGCCUUUGUGAUCGAUCGGCUAUCAUGGCGCGCAGCUCCUUCAAGCCUGGUGAACUUCGCGGGCAGAACCUGCGCAUAUGCGUUCUUUUUCUGUCCUGGGGUGGCAGACAUGCUGUGCAGGCAGUGGAAUCUAGCGGCAGGCACCUUAAGCCGUGUUUUGAAUGAGUUCGACAUUCGCUUCGGAGACAAGUUAGACCUCAUAUCCAACGCCAUGGCGGGUCAUUUUCCACAGCCUGUGAGAAGCCUGUCUGUUGUCUCUCAAGCAGCUUUAUCCCGCCAUCUUCUGCCCCGACGCCAAGGGCCUCCAGGCUUGGAGAAAGUGCAUUGGUGGCGUGAGGUAUGGCUGAAGAGAUGGAACGGCCGCGAUACUGACUUGUUCUUCGCUUUUACCAAAUCCUAUCACCUCUUGGUUGCUGACUACCUUCCUGGCGCUAUCUCUUCGAAGGAGCGAGCGGGUAUUCCGGGACUUGUCCCCGUCUGCGCACAAAUAUUGGUUGUCUUGGAGGACACCAUUUACAGACAAGCGAACCACAGAAGGUUUGCGAACGACGACGAGGCAGAAGGACCCUAUUUCGACAGAGAUCAUCCGGAUGCUAUGGCUCCUCUUCCGGUUGCGAUAGCUAACGCGGACCGUCUCAUUGCGGAAAACCGCCUAGUAAUACUGUUGAGAGACGUCUUGGGCGAUCUCGAUUCCGAUUUUGCUCCUUUCCGGAAGUUGUUCGCCAACUCGUUCGAGGCCGUCGUCAGAGCUGCAACUUGCAAGAUCUCCAUGUACAACACGGACUCCUGCUUCGUCUUAUGCGACUUUAUGGAGGAGAUCCUUCCCAUUAUGUUUCGAUAUCACCAGAUUUAUAAUGACAUACCGGUACUGGACUGGCCGUUUUGGCUAGAGGUCUUCAAGCAGAUGAUGCAAAGCCAAACGACCUUGACCAGGAUACGACUGAUUGCAUUUUUGUACAACAAAUGGUCGAUCUUAAUUUUUAAUGAAGAGAGGAAGCGGGAUCUUGUCUUGGGGUGGUUGUUAGAUCCGCAGGUUUUUGAAGACAACUUCUGUCACUGGUCACCCAUGGUGCGCCAUUUCUUCUAUCGAUUGUUGUGUUGGCGACUUGCCAGAUACGACGGACCGGGGGUGGAGCUGGAUAUCGAGAUCCUGCAAACAUUGGCCGCCAGACUCAACAAGUGUUGGGCACAUUAUCAAUACCUUAGUGCAGAGGCUGAGAUGCGUGGCCUUCCACUCCCAUCGUCCGCGCCUUGCACACCGGCGCCGAGCCGCGUCCUGUUGAUCCUCCGUCUUGAUAAUCAACCUCUUGUCACACCUUCAAGGAUGGCAGCCGAGACGAAUCUUCCCGCGAUGGUCACUCAGAGUUCAGCUUACCAAAAUCUUUCGUCGGCCCUCAACAGCAUUCCAGCUGCCGACGUUCCAGCGCAAGGCUCUAAGAAGCGGUGGAGCCUCUUUCGUGGAUUGAACAUGUUUGCAUCGACGCCUGGCAAUAGUAGACCUGGAGAAGUUACACCUCCAGGCAGUCCGGAUGACGGCAGCUCAACUGUUUCCGGCGAUGCAUUUCCAGGCCCAAAUAGCGCCACCGCUGUAACAAAGCCAGCUUCACGUCCCAUCACGCCACCACACCAGGCCUGCUCGUUCAGAUUUUCGUUGGGCGAGUACCGGGUUCGUCCCGAGCAAGGGAGCCCCGGUCGACUCUUGACGCCGCCUCAGUUGCCUCACACGGCUGAGAACCUGGUGAGACUACGAGAGGGCACAGGCACUGCGGGCCGAGUGGACGGCGAUACAAGAAUGAGAACCAGGACCAGAGAUGUCAGGCCGGUAAAACCCAGGGCCCAUGAGCUGGUAACGGCUCGCUACAGCGGAAGGGCAUUGGCCGAGUGGGCUCAGGUUCUGGUCGAAUGUCGCAAUUUUUACGGCAGACGCAGACAGGAAGGUGUGCCACGCGACAGUCUUGUUGAGACGCCGACACUGAGUGUGGAGAACUUUCGAAGCCCGGGUUGAAGGCCGUUCAGUACGCAAGGAUGAAAAGCCCGGGAGUAGGAAGCCAUACUUCUCAGACCAUCGCGCGUGUAUGAUCAUACUUUAGGGAGCUAUUCAGGCGCAAGGGCAGAACAUACAGAGCCACAAUGCUUGGUAACGGGGAUUCGCAGAACAUACAAGGCGCGAUCUUCAGGUGGACUUUGAUGUUGGCGCUGGAGGAGCCUACUCAAAAUGUAGGAACUGGGGUAUGUACACUUGGGCUAAAGUAGUCUGCUAGUACAUUGGAUCGAACGCCCUGGAUAAUCUGGACAUACUUGACGAGCAAAGCAAAUGAAUGCACGUUGACUGAAAUAUAGAAAGAAGGCAAGGCUGAGUAUCACGUGCGUUGUGGUAGCUGGCCUCAGCCUCGUGUUCCCCCACACUCAUCUACAUCACC